AUGAGGCUGCUGGCAUUCGCUCUAUUUGCUGUCACUCAAGCAGAGGAAGGAGCCAGGCUUCUUUUGGCCUAAUCACUGCUGAACAGAUAUGCCGUGGAGGGGCGAGACCUGACCUUACAGUACAACAUCUACAAUGUUGGCUCAAGUGCUGCAUUAGAUGUGGAAUUAUCUGAUGAUUCCUUCCCUCCAGAAGACUUUGGCAUUGUCUCUGGAAUGCUCAACGUCAAAUGGGACCGAAUUGCUCCUGCUAGCAACGUUUCCCACACCGUGGUCCUGCGCCCUCUCAAGGCUGGUUAUUUCAACUUCACCUCAGCAACUAUUACUUAUCUGGCCCAGGAGGAUGGGCCCGUUGUGAUUGGCUUUACCAGUGCACCUGGACAGGGAGGAAUCCUGGCUCAGAGGGAGUUUGAUAGGAGAUUCUCCCCCCAUUUUCUGGACUGGGCAGCCUUCGGGGUCAUGACUCUCCCUUCCAUCGGCAUCCCCCUGCUGUUGUGGUAUUCCAGCAAGAGGAAAUAUGACACCCCCAAAACCAAGAAGAACUGA